GCACGUGUGAUUUGUAUUCGGGAGAAGGAUAUAUUCACUGGCUGUUUAUCACUUUCAGCUCAGCAAUGGGUACGACGUCUGUUACCACGAAGCUCAAAGACUGCAUUCAGGGAACAGUUCCACCACAAUAUUCGCUCAACAAUGGGUACGACGUCUGUUACCACAAAGCUCAAAGACUGCAUUCAGGAACAGUUCCACCACAAUAUUCGGUUCUAUUCAGUCCGUAGAGUCUCGCUACAAGUCAAGGCAAAUGGAGUGGACUUUCACUGUGAACAAUUUGGAUAUGGGGAUCAUACUGUCCUCUUACUGCCGGGAGCCAUUGGCGGUUCCAUGACGGACUUUAACGGCCAGCUGAGAAGAUGAAUCCAGAAAAGUUCACGAUCUUUGGCUUUGAUCCUCGGGGUUAUGGACGAAGUAUUCCCCUGAGCGUGACUGGCCAGUCAAUUUCCGCCAUCGUGAUGCGGAAGAUGCAGUUGCUGUCAUGAAUACUCUCGGACAAAAGAGGUUUUCUGUGCUUGGCUUCAGCGAUGGUGGAACAAUCGGUUUGAUCCUCGCGGCACAAUACCCAGAACAUGUGCGGAAGCUGGUUGUAUGGGGAGCCAACGCCUACCUUACCGAAGAGAUCAUCGAGAAACACCGAGCUCAGCAAUGGGUACGACGUCUGUUACCACGAAGCUCAAAGACUGCAUUCAAGGAACAGUUCCACCACAAUGUUCGGUUCUAUUCAGUCCGUAGAGUCUCGCUACAAGUCAAGGCAAAUGGAGUGGACUUUCACUGUGAACAAUUUGGAUAUGGGGAUCAUACUGUCCUCUUACUGCCAGGAGCCAUUGGCGGUUCCAUGACGGACUUUAACUGCCAGCUGGAGAAGAUGAAUCCUGAAAAGUUCACGAUAUUUGGCUUUGAUCCUCGUGGUUAUGGACGAAGUAUUCCCCCUGAGCGUGACUGGCCAAUCAAUUUCCGCCAUCGUGAUGCAGAAGAUGCAGUUGCUGUCAUGAAUACUCUCGGGCAAAAGAAGUUUUCUGUGCUUGGCUGGAGCGAUGGUGGAAUAACUGGUUUGCUCCUUGCCUCACAAUACCCAGAACUGGUGCAGAAGCUGGUUGUAUGGGGAACCAAUGCCUACAUUACCGACAAGGACAUGAAGAUGUACCAAGCUGUAGAAGACAUUGACCAGUGGAGUGCCAGGAUGAAGGAACCAUUUAUCCAGGUGUACGGGGAGAAGUACUUCCGGGUUCAGUGGAGCAACUGGGUCAAGGCAUACAGUAGAUACUACACACACAAUAAAGGUGACAUCUGCAAGGCGGAACUGAAGAAAAUCACGUGUCCAACAUUCAUCAUCCACGGCAUGAAGGACCCCAUGGUGGUGGCAGAACAUCCUGUGUAUCUCAACAAACAUAUACAGAACUCAAGGUUGCACAACAUGCCGGAGGGAAAGCACAACAUUCAUCUGAGAUAUGCUGACGAAUUCAACAAGAUGGUGGAAGACUUUCUCUUGGAAUGAGGAUGUACAGACUUGAUAAAGCUUUCAUUACAAAUCUAACAUUCAGAAUAAUUGCGUCCAUCUUUGCUUAUUGACCAAGAGAAUAUUUAAAGUAGUACUACUGUACUUGGAUAUUUUCUUCAUUUCCUAUCAACUCAAUCAUCAAAUGAUUGCGAAAAACAAAAGAAAUGUUUCAAAAGAACUUAAACAUGCCAAAUGAUUUAUGUCAGUAAACAGUUGUCCUGAUGGAUAUUUCUGGAUUAUAUUCAGUCAGUGUAUGUAUUCAGAACUGGUCACAACACAAUCGGCAUGCACAAAUGAAAGUUCACUUUGUCCACACCAUUACAGCUUACACUGUAUACAGUUCAGUUCAUCAGUCUUUGUUAUUCAUGUCCAGUGAGACGGUCAAUCAGGGUACCAAAUAGUUUCCAAAUUUUGCUAGCCAGUCAGGCUAGCUAUGCCUGAAAGUUACUAGCCAAAAAAUAAUUCACUAGUCUGAAAUUUGAAUGUAGACAGGGGUUUCAUCAUUAAGCUGCUAAUAUGAAGAACAUUUUUAUCAGGCCAUAAUCUCAUGACCCCAUGAAAAUUAACUAGCCAGUCAGACCAGUGACUAUGGAGAUUUACUGGCCUGCCUGGAAUUUUACUAGCCACGGGCUAGCAGGCCAGUGGCUAUUUCACACACUGCGGUCAAUGAUGUAUGUCAUGUCUGGUACAUGUCUUUAUGUUGAACUUUAUGUGCAAUGAAUGAUACCUGGUUUACUGAUGAAAUAACAUCAAAACGAUUGUGCCUUAACAUGCAAACUAUUUAAUAAACAGGUUAUUUUUUUUA